AUCAUUUCAGCCUCCCCAGUCUCUAUUCUCGUUCUCAACUCUGAACUUCCCUCUCUCUCUCUCUCUGUGCAACUGCAAACUACAAGAAUCAGAAGUUCAAAACCCAUAUAUUUCAGUUUAUCUAUCUGUCUGCAAUAAUCAAAAGUUCAAAACCUAUUACCUAUAUCAAAACCCAUAUCGGCAUAUCAUUUCAGAUUGUUCAAAAAAUCAAAACCCAUAUCUUCCAGUUUCCAUCGCCCGCUGUUCCAGUUCGGGUUCGCCGUUCGCAAGCUUCAGCCGCUGUCUCUCAACUCUCAAGCUUGCCCCCCCUCUCUCUCUGCAACUGCUAACUUACAAGGAGUCUCAGAAAUUGGACUAUUUUGUUGAUUCCCAUCCAGAUAAGGAGUCUCAGAAAUUGGGCUAUUUAAAGUGAAAGGUGGAAGGAAUUACCACCAAUUACCAAACUUUAGCCAACCCCUCAUAACUGAGCUACGUUCUAAUCCUUCUUCUACAAUGCAAACACUCUUCUUCUAAAGCUUUUGGGGGCUCUAGAAUGCAAAUGUCCACACCAAUUCGAGCCCCCACAUGGGUCUCCACACGCAGACUCUUUGAAAAAAAGCUAUCAGACCUUCACAAGUGCACCAACCUAAACCAUGUCAAGCAAGUUCACGCCUACAUAUACAGAGCCAAUCUUCAUGAUGACCCUUUCGUCGCGCCAAAACUCAUUGCUGCGUUCUCGCUGUGUCGCCAAAUGGUGUCAGCAGUUAAGGUUUUCAAUCUAAUAGACGAACCCAAUGCUCAUUUGUAUAAUACUUUGAUCAGAGCUCAUGUACACAACUCUCAGCCCUCACAAGCUUUUGCAUCUUUCUUUCAAAUGCAAAAUAGUGGUGUUUACCCAGAUAAUUUUACAUUCCCAUUUCUUUUGAAGGCCUGUUCUGGUCAAUCUUCGUUGCAAAUGGUUCAAACAAUUCACACCCACAUAGAAAAAUAUGGGUUUUGUUCAGAUAUAUAUGUUCCCAAUUCGUUAAUCGAUAGCUAUUCAAGGUGUGGUUUGGAAGGUGUUUAUGCAGCAAGGAAGUUGUUUAUGUUGAUGGAGGAACGAGACAUUGUUUCUUGGAAUUCAGUUAUUGGUGGGUUGGUGAAAGCGGGUGAGUUAAAAGAAGCUCUUCGGUUGUUCGAUGAAAUGCCGGAGAGAGAUUCAGUGAGUUGGAAUACCAUAUUGGAUGGGUAUGCCAAGGCUGGAGAGAUGGAUACAGCGUUUAAAUUGUUUGAGAAGAUGCCUGGUAGGAAUGUUGUGUCUUGGUCAACAAUGAUUUCGGGUUACAGCAAAGCCGGGGAGAUGGAGAUGGCAAGAAUGUUGUUUGAGAAGAUGCCUGUCAAGAAUUUAGUUCCUUGGACUAUAAUAAUAUCUGGAUAUGCUGAAAAGGGACUCGCGAAGGAGGCAUUAGGCUUUUAUGAUCAAAUGGAGGAAACUGGAUUAAAGCCUGACGAUGGGACUAUUAUUAGUAUAUUGACUGCUUGUGCAGGGUCUGGUUUGCUUGGAUUGGGUAAGAGAGUUCAUGCUUCUAUAGAGAGGAGUAGAUAUAAGUGUAGUACUCAUGUGUUGAAUGCUUUGGUUGAUAUGUAUGCAAAGUGUGGCAGCUUGAACACGGCAUUAAAUAUAUUUAAUGGGAUGACAAAGAAAGAUCUGGUUUCCUGGAAUGCCAUGAUACAAGGGUUAGCCAUCCAUGGACAUGGCGAAAAGGCGCUUCAUCUUUUUUCUAGAAUGAAGGAAGAUGGUUUUGCACCUGAUAAAGUGACCUUUGUAGGUAUCUUAUGUGCUUGUACUCAUGCCGGGUUUGUUAACAAGGGCCUGGAUUACUUCUACACAAUGGAGAGAAAUUAUGGGAUCGUUCCACAAAUUGAGCAUUAUGGUUGCAUGAUCGAUCUUUUAGGACGUGGGGGACGCCUUGAGGAAGCUUUCAGGCUUGUGCAUAGCAUGCCAAUGGAACCAAAUGCCAUUAUUUGGAGUACUCUUUUAGCUGCCUGCCGAAUGCAUAAUGCUGUUGAACUUGCAGAGAAGGUGUUAGAUCGCCUGAUUAAAUUGGAACCAACAAAUGCAGGAAAUUUAUCUAUGUUGUCGAAUAUCUAUGCUGCAGCAGGGGAUUGGGGAAGUGUUUCUAAUGCAAGGCUGCGGAUGAAGAACACAGGCACCCAAAAGAUUUCAGGAGCUAGUUCAAUUGAGAUGGAUGAUGAGAUUCAUGAAUUCACUGUAUUGGAUAAAUCACACCCUAAAUCUGAUAGGAUAUACAAGAUGAUUGACUUAUUGUGUGAGCAUCUAAAGCAAGUUGGUCAUAUUCCAGAGGCAUGCUACUAAAUUUGUUGCAGAUAACGAUGGAGGUGGGCAUGCUGCUAAAAAUGAUACUUGUAUUAAAAUCAUUCUUUCAGUCAGCAUGGAGAGGGGACCUUGGGGAAGUUGUACAUUGGAGAACAUAGCAGAUAAAAUCCUUCCAGAUACUUUCCGCGGCUCUCCUAGUCCAGGCAUGAACUGACUUUUCAGAUAAAAGCAAAGAAGCAGACUUAGGCUUCAAUGUCUGUGUAAUGUACAUUAAGCAAAGUUUGGGCAGAUGUCAAGUGCCUUUCAUAUUUAAACCGUCAGAGAAAGAAAUUGUAACAACACUGCUAGAUCUUUUUCAAUAUAUUAAUUGUGGAGCUUACUAUCUCCAUGGAGCCUGGAUAAUGCACUUCCCAAGUCCCCAUAUCAAGUUUGUUGGUUCUGAUUUCUCUUUCAGCGAGCACUUACUUGUAAACUUCCUUCAAUGUUAUACUCUCUUUUCCUUCAUGGGACAUUAAAUACAUAUAUAUAUAGUCACACACAUAUAUUGUCACUUUGAACCUUUUGGCUAUCAAAGGAAAUUGCAAAGACGACAUAUAGAUAUUCCUAGUAGAUUUCAUUUAGUCAUAUUAGUUUAAAAUUUAUCUUCUCUUUAAAACAUAACUUACUUGAGGAACUGUUUUAGUAAACUGUGCCCCCUCCUAGAUGGAAGCCAAUCAUACACAUAUUUUGCUUUUGAAUGGUUUUCUGCAAAUAGCAAAUAGCUCAUGAUGCAUUUUUCUUGGAGGACUGGGGACCCGGGAGAUAAUAUCCAUUUAGUGCCAUAACAAGAAGUUUGUGGUGCGUGUUUGUAUUUCACAGGAUCUCAAUACAGCGCUGAUGCGGUCGGUGGAGUGACAAAAUUAUUGCAAAUAAUGAUCUAUAAAAAAAACCAGCAGAGAACCUUAAAUCAGUCAUUCUGGAUAGUCCGUUGGAGAAAAUUUUCUGGUGAGUAAUGCUACCACGGAAUCCUUAUGACCUUAUCUUCUGUUCAUAUAAUUGUGGAAUUUUCACUCUCAAAUGCCACAGUUAUGGCAUUGACAUACACAUUUUAAAUAUGCUCCUUUAUAUAUGCCAAAAUCCACACUAAUUUAUCUUCCUUUUUUAUAUUUAGUUAUUAUUAUUAUUUUUUUAAAAAUUUCCUAUUGAAAUUCUAUGAUCAUUUAAGAGAUCAUGGGAGAUCAGAGUGCAAUCAGGGUACAACCACUGAUGUGUAGUAUGUAUCUUGAGCAUCUUGUAUAUUGACCCACAGUUCGGAGCCAGUGCCAUUUAAUUCGGUAGUUGUCAGGCCCACCUUGGCCUAGUAAGGAAGCAAUACAGCAGCCAAUGUGCACCAACAGCCCUUCUUUUCCUAGAUCUAGGCCUGCAGAGACAGCUCCAAUGCUUCCAAUGAUCUGUAACAACAGAGUGUUCAAGACCAGAGACUGAGGGACAGGUACGCAGUGAAAGCCCAUGCCAUGAAUUGUUGUAGAUAUUCAUAUAAAAACUUCUGUUGAAGUGACAUUCUAAUUUAUCUAUUGGUUGAUACUUAUUAAAUUAUCAGAGUAUUUCUGGAAAGCCAAUUUUUGUUGGUAUGCAAUGAUAUUCAUCAUUCUAGCCGAUGUUAUCGUCUUUGUUCUAUACUAGAAUUCUGUUUGUGCCUAGAAAAUAGCAUUAUGGACUUGUAAUACUUGUGGUUCUCCAUCGUGCACAUAGGUCAGGAUAAUAGAAUAUGGAAUGGCCCUUUUGGUACUUCAGAUGAUUUAUUAUGAUGCGCUAAUUCUGCCUCAGUUGGAAGGACGCUGUUACAUAUUUCUGAAAUAUCAUUUCUUAAUAUUGAGCCAUUUUUCCCAUGUCUACAGAUUUAAAUAACUUGAACAAGCGACAUUGUAUUUUUGCAUUUAUUAUGCUGAUCCUAGUAUUUUAAAUGAAUGGUUACAUAAAACGAUUGAAUACUCUGCCAUCCUUGUGAAAUAGGAGAGAUCGUGACUCCCAAUGAAGCAGAUGGGCUGUGAAUUCUGGUGUCUAGGUUCAUCAAUUGCCAGUUAGUUUUAUAUUAUAUUUUCCGUUCUUUAGGAUGUAAAAGAGAAAAACAAAAAGGAAUGAUGAUAGAUGCUGUACAGGAAAUGGUAAUGCAUGGAAUUGACUGAGGUUUGAUGUUACUGGGAGUUAAGGGCAAAAAUUCCCCGUGGUGAAAAUAGGAAAAAAAAACCUGUUCUUUCUUCCCUUUUCCUUCCAAUACAGGAAGGGAGAUUAUGUUACGAGCUUGGGAGGGGAACCUAUGGCGAAGAUAACAAUGGUGUGUGUGGUUAGCUAAAAUUUGUAUUCCUGAGGUGAGGUUCCAAUAUUUUAUGUGUCGUUUGAUUAUUGUGGUGGUGACUCCCUUAUCUUUUCUUGUGCAAUAUUUUCAUUUACAAGGAUAGGUUUUGUGCCCUAUCCCAUGCUUACUUUUAUCAUUUCUAACUGCUCUGCUUUAGGUAUUGUUCUGUCAGCACAAACCACAAACUGCAAGCCCUUCGGGGUCUGGUUCAUGCCAUCUUAUUUCUUCUUCGAUCUUGAAUGUGAAACAGGAUGGCGACUUGACUACUUCCUUGUCUCGGAAUCCAUAGCUGACAAGGUUCAUGACUCGUACAUUCUCCCAGAUGUUACUGGAAGUGAUCAUUGUCCUAUUGGCCUCAUUCACCAGCUCUAGCUUCAUCAGCAUCAUUAAGACAUGUCUUUUGGGUAUUCAGCACAAAAUCAUGUGGCUAGUAACAAUUUUGGUGGAGGUAAUGGUAUCAUCCUUAAAGGAGGAGCCAAUUUAAAGCAUUUUUGUGUUUGCGUGAACUACCUGGCUCAUAAAUGCAAGAUUCUGAAGUUGUCGAUCAGCAUUGGCAUGGUGAAUGCCAAAUUCAUUUCUUGAAAAUUGGAAUCUUUCGUUCACAAAAUUAUCAAAUGAAAACUCUAGGAGUGAGUGGAAAUUGAUAUUUUGAAAUGUAGAAAUUUUGUUGAAAAUUUUCCGAGUUGGUUUCAAUUUAAAACUGCUGAUUCACAGUUUGUGCAUCCAUGAACACUACCAGUGGCUGUUUUGGUUAAGAUCCAUUCAAUUCCUUUUUAUGUGGAAGCAUUUGUAUGUAGUACGAUUUUUCUUUGUAAACCUUGCAGUAAAUUGCUUUGCUUUUGUAAUGCAAUCUAUUUGGUUUGGUUCAGCAUGUAAUAUACAAUUAGCUUAUUUACUUUUAUUAAAUUAAAUCAUGUCUCAACUCUCAACUCGACUUUGAUGAACUUUUCAGUCAGCAUAAAUCAAGUGUAAUGUUCCAUAUACACUCAAUUUUUUUUUUUUUUUUUUUUUUUUUU